AUGUUUCCCGGGUAUGGAUCAUUUAGAAUGGCCAAAGCCAGGGGCGACCGGUACUUGGUUGAGAAAAUAUCCCCGGGGGAGGAAGUUCUUCGAGGUGAGGAACAAUUGGGGGGACAUAUCGGGUCGCUGCUUCAGUUGCUGCCGGUAUGCCAUUCUGAUGAUCGCUCGAGGAUCCAGGGACUCCCGUACUCCCGUAGAAAGUUGUUAGAGGAACCGGUGGUGGUUGUUGAGCCUCUAUUGCAGACCGAAUCUAAGCACAAAAUCUCUCAAUUUCAGCCUGCAAAUCUUCAACCCUUUGGGCUGGCAGAAUUUGCUCAGGGUUUGGAGUUGAACCUUGACCGAUCUCAACAUGGAGUUGUGAAUCCGUUGUAUCAAUCUCGACUGGUUGAAUUGGCAAUCUAUAGGUAG